UGGUUCAACUUCCCUCCCAAGCCUCAAGAGUGAUCAGACAUUCGCCAUCGGGGCCACCUCAGGGUUCGUGACUGGAAUUCCAACUUGGGCUAAAGGCAUACACGGACAAGAAUACAAUAACAGCAACAACAACAAUAAGAGUGCUGUUGAUGCAGAGUUAGGAUUUUGAGAUCAAGCAAGAUUGAAAUCAAAACUACAGAAAAUAAUUAAUAAUAAUAAAAACUGGUCAACCGGUGGCGGCACCAUUGCAAAACCAUGAAGGAAGGAGCUUUGGUAAUCAGGAUCUUGGCAAUUCUUCUGCAGUUUGGGGCCCUCAAUGCUGACAAUUCGACGCAGUAUGAAGGAUGUUAUAAGAACUUGACCUCGAGCACUGGAUCUGUUUCGGAGCAAGAAUUUUCUGGACUAAGUUGCCGGAAACAUGAAAUUCGCAUCCAGGCUGGUGGGCCCAUUGUGUUCACAUGCCAAGAUCUAGUCCUAGAGGUGGCAUCCCAACAGUAUUGCGUGUCCAUAGAUGGGAUAAAGAAAGGGAAACCAAAAAGUUCGGUUAGCAGUUAUGCUGAGGAUGGUGAUGCUCCCGCGAAGAGGAGGGGCAAAAGGGGACUUGCAGAGCGAAGUAAUGACCCAGGCAGCGAACCAGGAAAGGCAACUGGAAGGGUUGAGAAAAAAUUAGAAGAGAUGGAGGCUAAACUAGAACAGGCGAAGGCACUGGGAGAAGAACGAAUGGCUCGGAGUCUGACCAUGAAUGGAGAGAAGCCCAAGGGAAGACUGGGAGACCUGAAGAGCAAUUACAAUCAAAAUAUGCUUAAACAGAAGCCGUCCAGUAGUGCGGGAAAUAACAAAAAUAUGAAAAGGCUGGAGAAAUUAACUUUGAAGUUGCAAAAACAGGAAGCGGGAAUUUUAAAAAUAGAAAAGAAAAUGACCAAGUUGCAAGAUAACCCAAAUAAAACAAAGCAGUUGGUUAAGCUAAGAAAAAAAGUAAAUAACCUCAGAUCUAAAUCUGAGAAACUGCAGAACCAAAUCAAUAAACUGCAAUCACUUUUGGAGACGACUACAAAUGGUUACUAUGACGCUAAUGAUCCUGAUCAUGCAAAUGAUGUCAGUGGUGAUGAUUCGCCAGAUGGCGACAGUGACAACGAUGAUACGAAUGAUCCUGAUCAUUCAAAUGAUGUCAAUGGUGAUGAUUCCCCAGAUGGAGACAGUGACAACGAUGGAACGAAUGAUUCUGAUCACUUAAACGAUGCUAAUGGCGAUGAUUCGCCAGAUGGUGAUGGCGAUGACGACGACUGGCCAAAAUUAGGGAACUGGACAACACCCGUGAACGAAGGGAUUGCUAAACCUAAAGGGGAACGGUUGGGGAAAGAGAACGAGAGGAAUUUUGGGAGGAGGGGAAAGGGCGAAGGGAAGGACAACCGAAAGAAGCAGUCUUUCUGUGGGCCUCAAGGCCAACCUAUUACCGUCAACUCUAAAACUGGAGAAAUAAGUCUUUCAGUGCGCCCAAAGGGCCCAAAGAAAGGAAGUGGGGGGAAGCCUUCAAAGCCUGCAGCGGUGGUGAUGAUUCCUUCUGAGGUUAAAUACACUUGCUCAUGGAUUCCUGCUUCCCCUUAAUGUAACAAGAGGACAAAGGUUCCCAAUGUAGGUCCUCCUGAAGUUAAUUAUCUUUGUUCUUGGCGUCCUUCAUGACCUUGAAAUAACAAAGAGGAAAAUUUCAAAUGCAGGUCCUUAUAAAUUUUAAGGAGCAAAAGGUAAAAAAAUCUCAAACAUAAUCGUAAUGCCUUUUUCAGUAGUAUGGAAACUCUCUAAGAUUGAACUUCCUGGGCAUCUAUUAAUCAAGGAGGUUUUUUGUGUAUCCUUUGGUUAAAACAAGACAUUUUCUUUGCGAGGCGAUUAGUAAUCUGUUUUAGA